AUGGGUGCGGCUAAAGAUGCUAACGACGUUGACGAUGGCACUUUGGAGAUAGGAAUGGAAUACAGAACUGUAUCUGGAGUUGCUGGACCAUUGGUCAUUCUCGAGAAAGUUAAGGGACCUAAAUAUCAAGAGAUUGUCAAUAUUCGUCUAGGAGAUGGAACUACCAGACGUGGACAAGUUCUUGAGGUUGAUGGUGAAAAGGCUGUUGUUCAGGUAUUUGAAGGUACUUCUGGGAUUGACAAUAAAUUUACAACUGUGCAGUUUACUGGAGAGGUGUUAAAAACUCCUGUAUCACUUGACAUGCUUGGGAGGAUAUUUAACGGUUCUGGAAAACCAAUUGAUAACGGUCCGCCAAUUCUACCUGAGGCUUACUUGGAUAUAUCAGGAAGUUCCAUCAAUCCUAGUGAGAGAACCUAUCCCGAGGAGAUGAUACAGACAGGAAUAUCUACAAUUGACGUCAUGAAUUCUAUUGCUAGAGGUCAAAAGAUCCCUCUAUUUUCAGCUGCCGGUCUCCCCCAUAAUGAAAUUGCUGCUCAGAUUUGUCGUCAAGCUGGCUUAGUCAAGCGAUUAGAGAAGUCUGAUAAUCUUCUUGAGGGAGGAGGAGAAGACGACAAUUUUGCCAUUGUUUUUGCAGCUAUGGGAGUUAACAUGGAGACUGCACAAUUUUUCAAGCGUGACUUUGAGGAGAAUGGCUCAAUGGAGAGAGUGACUCUUUUCCUUAACUUGGCAAAUGAUCCUACAAUUGAGCGUAUUAUCACCCCUCGUAUUGCUCUUACUACUGCUGAAUAUUUGGCUUAUGAAUGUGGCAAGCAUGUUCUCGUGAUACUCACAGAUAUGAGUUCUUAUGCUGAUGCUCUUCGUGAGGUAUCUGCUGCCCGAGAAGAGGUGCCCGGAAGACGUGGUUAUCCUGGUUAUAUGUAUACAGAUCUUGCAACAAUUUAUGAACGUGCCGGUAGAAUUGAGGGGCGUAAAGGAUCUAUUACCCAAAUUCCAAUUCUAACCAUGCCUAAUGAUGAUAUUACACAUCCAACUCCUGAUCUUACCGGAUAUAUUACCGAGGGGCAGAUAUACAUUGAUAGGCAGUUGCAUAAUAGACAGAUAUACCCACCGAUCAAUGUCCUUCCAUCACUAUCUCGGUUGAUGAAGAGUGCUAUUGGGGAGGGAAUGACUAGAAAGGAUCAUUCUGAUGUGUCUAACCAGCUCUAUGCAAAUUAUGCCAUUGGAAAGGAUGUCCAGGCAAUGAAAGCUGUUGUCGGAGAAGAAGCACUUUCAUCUGAGGACUUGUUGUAUCUGGAAUUUCUGGACAAGUUUGAGAGGAAGUUUGUCGCCCAGGGAGCCUAUGACACCCGCAAUAUAUUCCAGUCUUUAGAUCUUGCGUGGACUUUACUUCGGAUUUUCCCACGUGAACUUCUUCAUCGUAUUCCAGCCAAGACUCUCGACCAGUUUUACAGCAGAGAUGCUGGUAAUUGA